GCAAGCAAAGCAAAGCACUUGGACAUUGCCACGACGCCUCCCCUAGGACAAGAAGCGCUUUGGACGUCGGAAUCUCGGUGGAUACACCUCGCACUUUGCUAGGUUGAUGACCUUACCCAACCUAAACUAAAUAACAAAGUGCACCAUCCACCAUCCCACCAAGCGUUUUUCCCGGAAAGAUCUCACAAUCUCACACUUAACACCUUUUCCACUUCUUUCUAUUUACCUCAACACCAACAAAUCAUCACCACCACCAUCGCAGCCACGAUAAAGCGUCAUCUAUUAUCAUCAUCAUCUUACACGUCGUCAUGCCUACGCCAAGCAAGAACUCUUCCUCCAGUAAGGAGAAGGAUCGGCGAAAAUCUGCCGGAAAAUCUUCUGCCCUUGUCACGUUGCGCGUCCCGUCCAUCAAACUUAGAAAGAUUGUCGACCCGUUAUCUGUCAAGGAAGAAUCGCCCGUGAAGGAAUCGCCUCCCGAGUCGAUAAAAGCCCCAAGCGAGCCAGCACCGGCCGUGCCGAAUGGCGACAACCCUUCGCCCUCGAGCCCCGGCACACCAGCCGCCGCUGGGACGCCAUCGCAAGCCCCUAUGGGGCCACCAACAGAGGCACCGAAGAAGAAAGGUGUGAAGAGAAGCGCUGCGGGAGCGAAUGGCUCGGACCCGACAGCAAAGAUUCGGGGCAAGCCCGGCCCCAAGAAGAAGCCCAGACUAGACGAUGGCACCAUCGACCCCACCGGCAAGACCAAUGGAGGUACCUAUCAUAAACUUGGGCCAAAGGCGAAUCAAGGCGCUAUUAACGCUGGGUUACGCGCACUCGAUCGGUCAGGUGCACCCUGUCGCAAGUGGAAUAGGGGAGGCUUUAGGGUUAAGAGCUUCACUGGUGUCAUUUGGGAGAUCCCUCGAUGGACCGCACCACCCAAGCCCAAGCCUCAGGCCACACCCGAGGAACCUGCUGCCUCAGCCGAGAGCAGCAAUAAGGAGAAUAAGGAUGGCAGUCAAAUGAAGAGCGAGAACAGCACCAGUCAUGCUGAUGGUGAGCAACGAAGCAUACCUCCGAGUAUCAAUGCUAGCUCACCAGCUCCUACGCCUGUGGUUGCUGCUUCUUAAGUGACACAUCACAUUAAUAAGAGUCAUUUCGAUAGCUACUGGGGACCUGCAAUCCUUGGCAUAGGAUUGCGGUAUUAGGUCGAGGAAAAGCAUGGCGUUUAGGGCUGGAAUUAGCAUUGUCGGCUGAGAGCUAGUCAUUGAUUCCAGCGCACUUCACGAGGGUUAAGGAAGUAUUUGCUCUGGGGGCUACGACGUCGUCACUUAGUCUAGAUGGAAACCUUAGAUUCAUUUAAUCAUAUGGCGUUAACGGAAAAGGGGGAAGCCAACUGUAUAUUAUGUCUUACUGGCGUUGCGGCUAAAAUCAUCGAGGCCAUUACGGAUCAAUUAACAGGCAAAUACAUACACAUAUCUCCAUGUUCUUUACCUGCGUAUCUUAGAGAAUAGGAGGUUUUCGCUCGACCGGCUCACGUGCCCGGCCACCUCCGGGCGACUCUCAUGAGUUGCAUUAUCUACAUAUACCUAUAUGAUUACCAUGCUUAUCACUGAAUUGAGGU